UGCCUCUUCCCAGCUCAGGCGGUUUUACCUUAACCAGGAUCUGGCAUUUGGCAGAGCUCUUAAGUCGUGCGACAGGUGACCUCGCACCGACCCCCUGCGCUGUUCAGGUUUUAAGACCUCACUAAAGGCGGUAAAAAUCCCCCGCUGCCUGCAGGUUUGAGAUAUUAGCGACACGAUGGAUGCAGACACCUCAUGCUGGUUCUUCCUUCGGCACAGAACGUCCCCCAAGCACCUCGCAGGCGCUGUUAACUACCUCCAUCGAUGGGGGCGAUUCCCACACACGGCGGCCAUCUCCUGCGGGUGUCCAUGGGGGACGCACCAGCUGCACCGAAAUGUCAGAAGGGUUUGCGCAGCUGACACGUUGCUGAAAAUGGAGCAUGGCAGCAUCUCCAUAAAUUCUCUUCGUCCAGCCAAGUGCAGCUUAAUAUAGCCUUAGCCGCGCGUCUGCUGCACUGAGCCCGAGAGCUGCGGCUGCUCGUGACCAAAACACAAAGUUGUCGAUUCAACCGAAUGAGCUCCUCCUAGGAAAAUAAUCUUUAAAAUUAAUCUUUCUCUUUAGUUUUAAUAAAUAGUAGAGGAAGGAGAGAAGAGUAAACAUGUCUGAACACAGCCAAGCCUCUGACGAAGACGUGUCCCCUGAGGACAUCGAUGAAGAUGAAAUCCUGGCGAACCUGUCCCCCGAGGAGCUGAAGGAGCUGCAGUGCGAGAUGGAGGUGAUGGCCCCAGACCCCGAGGUCCCAACGGGGAUGAUACAGAGGGAUCAGACGGAGAAACCCCCGACGGGGAGCUUCGACCACAGGUCGCUGGUGGACUACCUGUACUGGCAGAAGGCGUCCAGACGCAUGCUCGAGGACGAGAGAGUUCCCGUCACCCUCUUGCCCUCUGAGAGGAGCGCUGCGGGGACGGGAGGCAGCGCAGCUGGCAGCAGUGAGGCGGGCGGCAGGAGCGGGCCAGAAGCCGAGGGGAAGGAAAGGCACUACAGGAACGAGUGCUUGGCCAGCUCGGGAACACAGCUUGGAGAGGCAAACAAGGGUGGAAGCGAUAAGGAAGCAGAGGAGGAAGUGGAGGACGAGGAGGAGGAGGAGGAAGAUGAGGAGGAGGAGGAGGAAGAGGAAGAAGAGGGUGAUGAGAGUGAAUCAGAAACAAAGGAAACUUGCACCCAUGAAAACCAUCGCAGUGAUCAGAGAAGUGAGGAAUCAGGUAGAGAAUCAGGGGAAACGACAGAAAAGCCAGGUGAAAAUGAAAAGAAAAUAUCAAAGUUAAACAUCCCUAAGAAGUUAGCGUUGGAUACCAGCUUCUUGAAGCUAAGUGCCAGGCCCUCAGGAAACCAAACCAACUUAGAAGAGAGCUUGGAGAAAGUCCGAAAAAACAAUCCGGACAUGAAGGAGCUCAACCUGAACAACAUAGAAAACAUCCCCAAAGAAAUGCUGAUAGACUUUGUCAACGCAAUGAAAAAGAAUAAGAACAUAAAAACGUUCAGCUUGGCCAACGUGGGAGCCGACGACAAUGUCGCCUUCGCGCUGGCCAACAUGCUGCGCGAGAACAGGAGCAUCACCACGCUCAACAUCGACUCCAACUUUAUCUCUGGCAAAGGCGUCGUGGCCAUCAUGAGGUGCCUGCAGUACAACGAGACGCUGACGGAGCUCCGCUUCCACAACCAGAGGAGCAUGCUGGGCCACCAGGCCGAGAUGGAAAUUGCCAGGCUGCUGAAAGCCAACGCCACCCUCCUGAAGAUGGGCUACCACUUCGAGCUGCCGGGGCCCAGGAUGGUGGUGACCAACCUGCUGAGCAGGAACCUGGACAAGCAGAGGCAGAAGAGGCAGGAGGAGCAGAGGCAGCAGCAGAGGAAAGAGCAGAGGGAGCUGAUAGCCAUGCUGGAAAACGGACUGGGCUUGCCGCCGGGGAUGUGGGAAAUGCUGGGGGGACCGCUGCCCGAGCCCAGCAUGCGUGAAGCCCCCCCAGCACCCAAGCCCCCCAUGCCCCCCUCCAUGCCCCGGAGCCGAGGGAAGGAGAGCACGAGGCCGGAGGCCCCUGAGGAGCCUCACAGAGCCAAGCCCGUCAGCUUCAGGGUGGUCAAGCUGAAAAAGGUGCAGCGCAAGCCCGCCGUGCCCGAGUACGUGGAGCCCGCCGAGAAAACCAACCUCAAGGACGUGAUCAAAACGCUGAAGCCGAUCCCCAGGAGACGGCCACCUCCCCUCGUCGAAAUAACCCCGAGGGAUCAGCUGCUGAACGACAUCCGCCAGAGCAACGUCGCUUAUCUCAAACCGGUGCCAUUACCAAAGCAGCUGGAGUGAGACCAGACUGACCCAAAGAAACCAACUUGGAAUAAAGACUAGUCAAGUUUCGCUUACAAUUGUUUUGGCAGAAGUUUUCUGCAGAACCCAGGUGGUGUAUAUGAACGACUCUUUGGGAACAAAGAUAUGCACUUUUUAAAACAGUGAUGAAAAAGGCUGGCAUGGGAAAAAUCAGUGCUAAGGUUUUCCAUCAGGUAUCAAACAUCCCAGUGCCAUCUGCCUGCCAAAUGGAUUCAAGGCUCCAGUUUGUUGUGGGAGGAUUUUCUCAGAGACAUCAAUAACCUUAAGUCUUUCUAGUUUUUCAGUAAACUGUUUUGCUUCCAUGUUGUCCUUCUGCUGUCAGAUUCUGUAGGAACAUGCUGUGCUUUAGCUUAUCUUUCUUUUCACACACAUGCUCCUCGAUUAUUCUCUUGUCCAUGAGAAAUGCAUUUGGUUUCCAUGUAUACAGCUUUAUUUUUUAGGCUAAGGAAAUGGAAAUGAAAUAAAAGCUCUAUCCAUAAGAAGCGUGCAGCACUUCCGUGGCUAACAAGAGGCCUGCAGAACAGAAAGGCUGCUCUGGUGCAUCCAGCGCCUCCGCGUGAUGGUUUCAGGCUGGUGCAUUUCAGCACUGUUUAGUUGGUUUUGUACCUGAUGAACGUGUAAAAGCCAAUGCCACGCGCUGCUUUGAGAACUGUAAUCUUCACUCCUUGUGAUUGCCUGUAGCUCUUCACAGCGGUGCUCCAGCAGCUGAAUCCCAGUCCCACCCCACAGAUAUUAUUACAGCCCUUUGGAAUCACUAACGUUCAGGACCUCUUUGAAUCCAAGGUAGUCUCCGCUGGCAUUAGGUCAAGUUUUCUUUCCUUCUUGUCCUUUUUGCAUCUUUCAGGGGAUCUCUUUCAAAUCUGUCUUCUUCCAAACUCGUAACGUGUCUCAGCUGUACUCCUGCCUGCAACUGUAAUGCCCCCCACCUGGGAAAUCUGGUUAAUUUAUUACGUAAGACAUACUAAGCAGUUUUUAA